AUGUCUUCUUCCUAUACUGCUGACCCAGUUAAUCUGGCUGCAGAGCUGUCUAUGUCGGAGGAGAAUGCCCAACGGUAUGGACUCUGGUUGGACUGGCAGUCCGGAUUGCGCAGUCUCUGGGCUUGCAUCGAGAGCCGACUCUCUUCCCAUGGACGCGAUUCAAGUCGAGGUUCGGCGGCGAUUGUGCACCGGAUUGUUCACCUGGACUGCAGCCACUCAUUCAUUACCAACAACUUGUUCGUUCGAAGGUGGACGAUGAGGAGAGGACCUGGUGCCGGGCAGAAGCCGCUGCCGCACAACUACGAUCCGGAGAAAUUCACGGAUAUGACGAUGCAGCUGGUGCGGCAAUUAAUCCACAAGGUCUACCAGCAGAGCCCUACCCCUCAGGAGCACGCCCUCGCCGAGACAAACAGGAAGAAAGAAAUGCGGCUACUGAUCGACACAACGCUGGAGAAGAUUCAAAUGCUGUACCUACGCCAUUGCAACCCCAGCAUUCCCUUACACAGGGGCGUAUUAUUGGGCCUGGCGAAUAACAUCAAGUGGAAAUUCUGGAUCAUGUUCUUCCAUCGAUUCCAGCGCCAGCACCGUUCAUUAUGCAUGACUCCGGAGAUGAACUACUACUCUGUACUGACGGGGAAAAAAAAGAAUAUUCAUCCAAUCCCUAAACUUCUAGAAACAUACAUCAAAGCCGCCCAAGAGGAAGACUACGAACCGUUCCGCUGGCACCUGGAUUCCUAUUCCGGAUUCCGCGCUGCAUCGUACAUCCUGCUCCAGCUCAGCGAUCCGUCUUCGCGGAAAGAGCUGGGACCUGCGCUCGUGGAAAGAGGGCGGAAAGCCCUCCAGGGCAUGCGCGAUGUUCGUGCCAGUAAUAUUGAUGAUAAUAAUGAUAAUGAUAAUGACAGCAAGGUGUGGACGUUGUUGAGGAAGAUCGAUCUCGUAAAUCAUCAACUGUCUUCGGACAAUCAAAAUGAAAAUACAGGGCCUAAUCACGCACAGCAGCCACUGAGUAACAAUAACAAUAACAGCAGCUCGUAUCCUGUCGGGUGA